AUGAGCUCUUCCAACAGCACUAGAGCCCUGACUUUGUCUCACGGCUCUAUCGAGCACGUACUCCCAGUCCCCACAGCCAUCUACUUCCAAGGAUCGCAGCUGCAAGACCAGUUUUCCAAGCAGCUUCCCGCGGCCAGCGAGGGCUUCGUUGCAGACAACGAGCCUUCGUCUCCUGCGGAGCUGCUCGCCAAGUUCUUGGGCUACGUGGCGUCGUUGGUCGACCCAUCUACGCAAGGCCAGUUCGACGACGUCCUGAAGAUCAGUCUGGCUGAGUUCGAGACCAGCUAUUUGCAGGGCAACGACGUCCACACGCUGGCAGCGAAGCUGCUGGCUGACGAGGACGUGUACCCAACCACUCUAGACAAGGUCAAGGAGCUAAUCAAGAACUACUUUAACGCUCGCGUGGCCGCUCAAAAGCCCUUCACUAGAUCCGACUCUGCUCUUAUCAAGAGUGCGGCCAAGAAGGACUCCCAGCUGGUAGCCAUUUUCGGCGGCCAAGGUAACACCGACGACUACUUUGAAGAGCUGCGCGAACUCUACCAGACCUACCACAGUAUCAUCUCUGACGUCGUCGAGACUGCCGCGUCCAAGUUGGCAGAGCUCGUCAGAUCCACCGACGACACCGAGAAGGUGUACACCCAGGGUUUCGAUGUCUUGCAAUGGCUGCAGCACCCAGAAAAGACCCCCGACAACACCUACCUGCUGUCCAUUCCUAUCUCAUGUCCUUUGAUCGGCGUGAUUCAGCUGGUACAUUACGCUGUCACCGCUCGCGUGCUAGGAUUGACUCCUGGCCAGUUGAGAGAACACUUGGUCGGUGCCACCGGUCACUCUCAGGGUUUGGCCACUGCUGUGGCCAUCGCCGAAGCUGACUCUUGGGAGUCUUUCGAGGAAUCGUUGAACAAGACUAUCACUCUAUUGUUCUUCAUCGGCGUGCGUUGUUACCAAGCCUAUCCUAAUACCUCCCUACCUCCUUCCAUGCUAGAGGACUCAGCCGAGAAUGGUGAGGGUACCCCAUCUCCUAUGUUGUCGAUCUCUAACUUGACCAAAGACCAGGUUCAGAAAUACGUCGACCAGACUAACGCUCAUCUUCCAACCGAGAAGCACAUUGUGAUUUCUUUGGUUAACGGCGCCAGAAACUUGGUGGUCACUGGUCCACCACAAUCGUUGUACGGUUUGAAUUUGACACUCAGAAAGGCCAAGGCUCCAGCUGGUUUGGAUCAAGCCAGAAUCCCACACAGUGAGAGAAAGCUCAAAUUUUUCAACAGAUUUUUGCCUAUCGCUUCUCCUUUCCACUCCCAUCUUUUGGAACCCGCUAACGAGUUCAUUAAGCAGGACCUGAAAGAUGCUGGUCUAGAGUUCAAGGCGUCCGACUUGAAGAUUCCCGUCUACGAUACCUUCGACGGCAAGGACCUAAGGUCCUACAGCGGCUCCAUUGCGGAAAGAAUUACUCUCUGUAUCACGAAAUUGCCCGUCAACUGGGAACUCACAACCCGUUUCCACGCCACCCACAUCUUGGACUUCGGCCCAGGUGGAUCUUCAGGUCUUGGUGUGUUGACUCAUCGUAACAAGGAUGGUACUGGUGUCCGUGUCAUUGUCGCUGGCGCUUUGGAGCAGAACUUGGAUGACGAGUUCGGCUUUAAGCAGGAGAUUUUCGAUAUCUCCUCCGAGGGUUUGAAGUACUCGCCCAACUGGCUGAAAGAAUACCACCCUAAGUUGGUGAAGACCAAGGCUGGCAAGGUUUACGUUGACACCAAGUUCUCUAAACUCUUGGGCCGUGCGCCAUUGCUGGUUCCUGGUAUGACCCCUUGCACCGUGUCUCCAGAUUUCGUUGCAUCUACUAUCAAUGCUGGCUACACCAUUGAGUUGGCAGGUGGUGGCUACUUCACUCCACAGCACAUGAUUGGUGCCAUCGACAGCGUAGUAUCUCAGAUAAAGAAGGGUUACGGUUUGGCCAUCAACUUGAUUUACGUUAACCCAAGAAUGUUGCAGUGGGGUAUUCCUAUGAUCAAGGAAUUGAGAGAGAAGGGCUACCCAAUUCAUUCCUUGACUAUCGGUGCUGGUGUUCCAUCUUUGGAGGUUGCCAGUGAAUACAUUGAGACUUUGGGGCUAACUUACUUAGGUCUAAAGCCAGGUUCUAUUGACGCCAUUUCUCAAGUGAUUACUAUCGCCAAAGCUCACCCUAAUUUCCCUAUUGUUUUGCAAUGGACCGGUGGUAGAGGCGGUGGUCACCAUUCCUUCGAGGACUUCCAUGCUUUGAUGUUGCAGAUGUACUCUAAAAUUAGAAGACACUCUAAUAUCAUCCUUGUCGCUGGUUCUGGGUUCGGUUCCGCUGAGGACACAUACCCUUACUUGACCGGUGAAUGGUCCAAGAAGUUCAACUACCCACCAAUGCCUUUCGACGGUUUUCUCUUCGGCUCUAGAGUGAUGAUCGCUAAGGAAGCCAAGACCUCCCCUGAUGCGAAAAAGGCUAUUGCUGCAUGCACUGGUGUUCCAGAUGAACAAUGGGAACAAACUUACAAGAAGCCAACUGGUGGUAUUGUUACUGUGCGUUCCGAGAUGGGAGAGCCCAUCCACAAGCUUGCUACCAGAGGUGUUAUGCUAUGGAAAGAGCUGGAUGAAACCAUCUUUAACCUUCCAAAGAACAAGCUACAGCCUGCGUUGGAUGCUAAAAAGGACUACAUUAUUGGAAAGCUGAACGCUGAUUUCCAAAAGCCAUGGUUCGCUACCGUGAACGGCCAGGUUCGUGACCUCACCGAUAUGAACUACCAAGAGGUUGCGGAAAGAAUGGUUGAAUUGAUGUACCUGAAAUCUCAGAACAAGUGGAUUGACGUUUCUUGGAGAAACUUUACCGGUGACUUUUUGCGUCGUGUCGAAGAACGUUUCACUAAGAAGAAGACUGCUUCAAUUAUUCAAUCUUACACUAUGCUCGAAGAGCCCGAAAAGGUUCUUACCGCUAUUUUCGAUGCCUACCCUGCUGCGAAAACCCAGUUCUUGAAUGCUCAGGAUGUCGACUACUUCCUAACUCUUUGCCAAAGACCCACACAGAAGCCUGUGCCUUUCGUUCCAGUGCUAGACCACAGAUUCGAGUUCUUCUUUAAGAAGGAUUCGUUGUGGCAAUCUGAGUACUUGGAGGCCGUUGUCGACCAAGAUGUUGGAAGAACAUGUAUCUUGCAUGGCCCAGUCGCUGCUCAAUUUACUAACAAGGUCGACGAACCAAUCCAAAGCAUCAUGGAUGGUGUUCACAACGGUCACAUUCAGAAGUUGCUAAAGGACUACUACAACAGUGAUGAGUCUAAGAUUCCAGUCGUCGAAUACUUCGGCGGUGAAGAUCCUGAAACAGUCAAGUUCGACUCCGCUGAAACUGAUGGCAAGAUUAUUUACCGUGCCUCUGCCUCCACGGACAAGGUGGAGUGGUUCAAACUAUUGGCCGGCAACACCAGAAACUGGAGACAUGCUUUCUUCUCUACUCCUAGAGUUGUCCAGGACUCUCUGUACGCCGAGAAUCCAGUUCAAAAGGUGUUCAAACCAACUGCUAACUCUGUCGUUCAAAUUUCCAACCCAGAAGACGCUUCCAAGACUACUAUUACCCUCUUGGAACCUGUUCAGGGUGCUUUGAAACCAACCGUUUCUUUGAGACUGGUGAAGGAGAACUUGAUGGAACUCCAGCUCAUUGAAAACAGAACAAUUGACGGAACUCCAGUGAGCCUUCCUCUAUUGUACAAGUACCAGCCAGAUGACGGUUUCGCUCCAAUUGCAGAGGUUAUGGACGGACGCAACGACCGUAUCAAGGAAUUGUACUGGAAAUUAUGGAUUGACGAGCCAUUCAACCUUGACUUUGACCCCAAGAACCCAAUUCAAGGUGGUGAAGUUACUAUCACCGCAAAGGAUAUUGCAGAGUUCACCCACGCCAUUGGCAACAAAUGCGAGGAUUUCGUCUCAAGACCAGGUAGAAAACUUCUGGCCCCUAUGGACUUUGCCAUUGUUGUCGGCUGGAGAGCCAUCAUCAAGGCAAUCUUCCCCAAGACUGUCGAUGGUGAUUUGUUGAAAUUGGUUCACAUGUCCAACGGCUACAGAAUGAUUCCUGGUGCCGAGCCUCUACAAGAGGGCGACGUUAUUUCAUCUAACGCCGUGAUCAAAAGCGUCGUGAACCAGCCAAGCGGAAAGAUUGUUGAGGUUAUUGGAACACUGAGUAGAAAGGGCUCUCCAGUCAUGGAAGUUACCUCAUCAUUUUUUUACCGUGGCAAAUACGAAGACUUCGAAAACACCUUCCAGAAGGUUGUUGAGCCAGUUUACCAGGUGCAGAUCAAGUCCGCCAAGGACGUUGCAGUCUUGCGCUCCAAGGAAUGGUUCCAACUGGAUGACGAAGAUGUUGAUCUCCUCGGAAAGACUUUGACUUUCGAAACUGAGACUGCUGUCACUUUCAAGAACGAAACGGUGUUUAACUCCGUUAAGUGUGAAGGUAAAAUCAAGAUGGAGUUGCCAACCAAGGAGAACGUUGAGAUCGGUGUUGUCGACUACGAGGCCGGUGAAUCUCACGGCAACCCAGUGAUUGACUACUUGAACAGACAUGGAUCCACUCUAGAGCAGAAGGUUAACCUAGAGAACGCCAUUCCUAUCGCGGUUAAGGACUCUCAAGCUCCUGGCACGAAUGAGCCAUACGCAAGAGUGUCUGGCGACUUGAACCCUAUUCACGUCUCUCGUCACUUUGCUGACUACGCCAACCUACCAGGUACCAUUACUCACGGCAUGUACUCCUCUGCCGCUGUCAGGGCUCUUGUUGAGACCUGGGCUGCUGAUAAUGUGUCUUCAAGGGUUCGUGCUUACUCCUGUCAGUUCGUGGGAAUGGUUUUGCCUAACACCCCUCUGAAGACUUCUAUCCAGCAUGUCGGUAUGAUCAAUGGCCGUAAAUUGAUCAAGUUCGAGACCAAGAACGAUCUUGAAGAAGUCGUCAUGGUCGGUGAGGCCGAAGUGGAACAACCAGUUUCUACUUUCGUGUUCACUGGUCAAGGUUCGCAGGAACAAGGUAUGGGUAUGGACUUGUACGAGAAGUCUGAGGUCGCCCAGGUUGUCUGGGAUAGAGCUGACGCCCACUUCAAGAAAACCUACGGGUUUUCAAUUUUGGAGAUUGUCAGAAAGAACCCUACUGAGAUGACAAUCUUCUUUGGUGGUGAAAAGGGUAGAAAGAUCAAAUCAAACUACACUCAAAUGAUCUUUGAGACCAUUGUCGAUGGCGAGCUAAAGACUGAAAGAAUCUUCAAGGACAUCACUGAGGAGACUACCUCCUACACUUUCAAGUCCCCAACUGGCCUACUGUCUGCUACCCAAUUCACCCAGCCUGCGCUGACUUUGAUGGAGAAGGCUUCAUUCGAAGACUUGAAGGCUAAGGGAUUGAUUCCUGCGGACGCUGCAUUCGCUGGUCACUCUUUGGGUGAAUAUGCCGCACUAGCAUCCUUAGCCGAUGUUAUGUCCAUUGAGUCGCUUGUUGAGGUUGUGUUUUACAGAGGCAUGACCAUGCAGGUGGCUGUCCCUAGAGACGACUCAGGCAGAUCAAACUAUGGUAUGGUUGCUGUGAACCCAGGCAGGGUUUCUCCUACUUUCAACCAAGAUGCCUUGAAGUUUGUUGUCAAGUGCGUUGACAAGAGAACUGGAUGGCUGGUUGAAAUUGUCAACUACAACGUUGAGAACCAGCAGUAUGUUGCUGCUGGUGACCUGAGAGCUUUGGACACUUUGACUAAUGUUCUCAACUUUGUCAAGGUUCAAAAGAUUGACAUUGUCAAACUGCAGGCCUCGAUGUCUCUAGAAGACGUCGAGUCCCACUUGAAUGAGAUUAUCGAUGAAGUCUCCAAGAAAUCCACCGCAAAGCCUCAGCCAAUCGAGCUAGAGAGAGGGUUUGCAUGCAUCCCACUUCGCGGUAUUUCCGUCCCAUUUCACUCUUCUUACCUAAGAAAUGGUGUGAAGCCUUUCAAGAACUUCCUCAAGAAGAACAUUGUCAAGGAGAACGUGAAGGCGGACAGAUUGAUUGGAAAAUACAUUCCUAACCUGACUGCCAAGCCAUUCCAGAUCACCAAGGAAUACUUCCAAGAUGUUUUCGAACUCACUGGAUCUGAGAAGGUCAAGGAGAUCUUGGAAAACUGGGAGAAGUAUCAAAACUAA